AUGGGAAGUGCAACUUGUGAUGUGAAUUAUGACGAUGAAUAUUAUGCGGGUCAUCGAGAGCGUAUUGAUUGCCAGAAUAUCCAGCUUCCAUUAAAAGAUGUACUUUGUGAUAAUUGUAGAAUAUUGACAGUCUCAGAUUCAAGUAUACCUGAAAUAUUAACGGCAGCAUUUUUAAAUUUUCCCUUCAUGGUAAAAUUACAACUAUCAGGAAACUUUAUAAACAAAUUACAACCUGGUGCUUUUAGUGGCCUUCAAGCUUUGGAACAACUUGACCUACACAACAAUCAAAUAGUAAAAAUAUACAACGGAGUAUUUAACCAUUUAGUCCAGUUAAAAUCCCUUGAUCUAUCUAAAAAUAAAAUCAGCAGCGUUGAUCCAAAUUUUUUAACAGGCCUUAUGCACAUAUCUUCACUAAAUCUUGCAGAAAAUGCUUUAAAAUCUUUUGAUGAUGUAUUUUUAGGACAAAAUUCUCACGUUACAAUGCUAAAUUUGAGCAACAAUGAAAUUUCUUUUUUUAGCCUAAGUAGAUUUAACAGUAAAAUUAUUACUUUAGAUAUUUCAAAUAAUAACUUAACAUUUGUCAAUGUUUGCUUUCUAGGAUUACAAAAUCUUGAUUCUAGUUAUAAUAAAAUAAGCCAUUUAUUUGCUGAUUCUUGCUCAUUAAACACAGCUCCGAUAAAUUUAAACAUUAGUUAUAACUUACUGAAUGAAGAGAACAUCAUGAAUGUUUCAAAAUUGUUUAACUUAAAAACGUUAAAUUUAGCAGGAAAUAAUCUCUCCUUUAUUCCAGUUAACCUAUUUGUCAAUUUAACAAACUUGGUAAACUUAAACGUGUCACAUAAUAAGAUAAGUUACUUGAAUUAUGGAACAUUAAAUAAUUUAAGUGUGUUACAAAGUUUAGAUCUCUCGUAUAAUAAGCUAACUACUCUUAAAAGAUACUUGCAUUCAUUGAUGAAACUGAGAUAUUUAUACAUCAAUAACAAUAAAAUCACAAACAUUAAUAGCAAACAACUAUUGGACGAUACUGGCGCAGUGUACAUAAACAUAGAUACUAAUGAUUUUACUUGUGAAAAUUUGAUAGAAGUUAUUCAUGAUUUUAAAUUGUUGAAAGGUACAGCAACUAUAGGAUCAAAUAUUUACGGCGUUGCUUGCAAAGAAAAAACAUUACCAGAGGCAAAUCCUGAGGUAAACCUUAAAGCGGAUGUCAUAAAAUAUUCGGAAACAACAAUUUCGGCUACUCAGUCUGUAAUAAUUAUGUUACUUGUUAUUUUAGUAGUAUUUAAGGUUGUAAAAGUAUAUUCUAAUUUUAACGCGAAAAAUUUGUUAUCUAGAGAACAAGUUGAACUUUAA